CUCGUUGCUCUGCUCAACCGGAAGAGGAAGCGGCGCCUCGUGCCUCUCGACCCAUUGGGUAACAGCGAAGAGGAGGGGGGUUGAAAAGAAAAAGAAAAAAAGCACGACGGAGGAGGCUCCUGGAAAACAUGAAAGCAGAUGAGAGUCCUGCUCAGAAAGCAACUUCUAACACGAGAUACAGUGUAGUUUGUUUUUUGUGUGAAUACCAAGGCUGACAAGAAACAUGUUUGAUCGAAAUAAAAAAGCUGAUGAAGCCGCUGCUGCUUCAGCACAAGUAAGUGUAAUAAGAAGAGGUAAUGGAGACUCUUCACGGCAAGAGAGCAAUAGUGGUUUAAACAUAGAACGACCAGAGCCGGCUCAGCCUGGGUUACCAGUUAGACAGAACAUGCAAGGCUAUUGCAACUGCUGCCAUGUGCACUACAGUAACCUUGAACAGCAUAUCUCCAGUGCCCAGCACAGACAUUUUGCCACUUACUGUAGGAAUCGUAUGGGUACAACUAGCUUGAUGGAGCGUUUCCUGCAAGAUGUUUUACAGCAUCAUCCCCACAGUUAUGAUGACAACAGACCGACUUAUGAUGACAUGCCAACCACCAGCUCCCAACUUCCUGAAAAUGAACCUCUUCUUUCAUUGGAGAUGAAAAAAGAGAGAACUGCAAGCGGGGAGGAAGAGCCAAGCAUCGACAAUGCAAUCCCUGCUGAAUCAGGCCUCCUUAUUUCCCAGAGAUCACAAGAGGAAGUGAAGAAGGUUUCCACAAUAGUUGCACCUCUCCAUAAGCUAGAAGGACAGGAACACAGUCCACAAAAAACUUCAGCAAUCUUUUGUAAGAAAAAAGACACUGUUCCAGUGGAAGAUGAUCUGUCUGAAAGUAAUAAUCCGAAAGCCUCAUGUACAGCUGUGGACCUCUUACCUGAUCCCGUAAUCAUUAGCCACUCUCCAUCUGCUCCACAAAGACUUUCAAAAACUAUUCAAGAUCCAGUAGUCCCAGAAUCAGUUUCCAGUAAAAUGUGUGAGCAAAGUAAACAUGAAAUAUGCAGUGAAAAUGGAGUGCUACAUCCAAGUCUGAGUGCUGUUUUACUAUCAACACAGUCAAAAACUGUUCCGCUUUCACAAGAGAGUCCUGUCUGUAAUCAAGGCAACUCUUUAAUCUCAGGUCAACAUUUUUUGAAACAAGAUAGCUUACAACCUCAGGAUGAAACUCAGAUUUCCGACUUCAGUCUCAGGAACACCAGCAACCCUUUGGGUACCAGCAGUUCCCAGGCUUUUCAAGUAGAUUCCCAAGUGUCAGGGAAUAAAGAAAUUAAGUUGGAUGGAAGUUCUGAAACUGUACUCGAAACAACUGAAGAAGCCCUUCUGAAAUAUGAUAAAACUGCCCCCAAUGAGUUGCCUUCCAGAGAUGAAGAUACUAAUUCCUGUGUAAAUAUUCUGUCACUUCUUGAUCACAACAGUGCACAUGACUCAGACAUAAGUUUUGAUUGUGAUGCAGCUGUCCCGUCAGGACCAGUUUUGCCCAAAGCAACCGUUAAAAGUUUGGAAUUUCUCAAAGAGGUCCAAGUAAACCUCCAAGAUGAGAACUAUGGCACUCAGCUCAAUACCAUCCUUAAGAAUGGCUCAGUGCAACAGGAAGUAGAGACAGGCAAUGGUGUGUCAGUUCAGAACAAUGAGCCUGUUCUUCCCGCUCUGCCCCACGUGCCCCCUUCCUUUGUAGGAAAGACGUGGUCCCAGAUCAUGUACGAAGAUGAUAUGAAAAUUGAAGCCCUUGUGCGGGAUUUCAGGGAAGGUCGCUUUCGCUGUCACUUUGAUACAGAGUCCUUAGCUAAUCGUGCAAGGAGGAGGGCAAGAAAGAAAAGGCAGGAGGAAGAAGGAGGAAUCUUUGCAAAUACAGCUAACAAAAUAGAGGAUGUGUCAGUGAAAGAACUUCCAGAAUUUCCUGAUGCAUUAAGUGUCGCCUCUGACUUCAGCAACUCAUUUGUAAUCUCUGAAGCCCCACCUGUUCCAGAAAUUUCAAAGAGACCUAAAAAAAGGACUUGGCGUCUUGCCUCAAGAUGCCAAGUAGUCAAGGUUAGCCAUGGCACACAAACCAGCUUACAUCACUAUCCAGUAGUAAAACAAAAAAUAGUUAGAAAGGACUGUGACCCACCAGAUCAGAAAGAGAGCCCAUUAUGGUCAGAGAAUGAGAAAACACCUACCAUGAAAACAAGGCUGUGUGCCCUCAAGCUGCCUGAAUCAUAUACCAAAAUUAUGAGUCCCAUACAACCCCAGACAGUGGUUUAUGUGCUUUCUUGUCCAGAGAUUAAGCAGUGUAGAAGCAAAAUUGAAGACAUUCCCAAAAUGAAAAAAAACCAGCACUCCACAGAAAAUAAGGACUCUGUAAGAUACAAAUACAAACAGGGUUCUAUCAGAUAUUAUGAUCCAGUGACCAAUCGAGUCUUAAAAACUCCUCCCCAAAGCCUGGCUGGGGAAAAGUCAAGGAACCCUCCACACAUUCGGCAACUCUUUAGGAGUCUCAAUGUUGACGCAAACCAGAAGAAACAAGCUGAUUCAGAGUGUGAUGGCAUAUUGCCAAAGGCCUUCAGUUCAACAGAUUUCCAUGGUUCAUCGGCAUCUUUCCUGCUGCACCCAGUUAAAGAGAACGAUGUGAAUUCAAGUCAUAAGACAGAUGGAUCUUCAAUUUCCACAGAGAGCUCUGAAUGUCUGCUGUCAAAGAACUCAUCCAACAGUGACUUGGAUCCAGACAUCCUGGUGUAUGAGCAGAAGUCAAUGCUGCUCACAUGUGAGGAUCAGCACUUUCUCACCGUCAACAGUCCUGCACACACACCUAGCUGCUCUGGAGAAUCCCUGGUCAUCUGAAGCCAGUUUCAAAGGGACAGCAGAUUGGGAAAUGGGAGCGCCCUCGCUGCAUUAGCAAACAUGCCUUUGGAUCAUGUGGGAUCUUUGGAUCCUCGUAAUUCACUUCAUCUCCAUUGUCAUGUGAAAGGGAAUAUGUAGUCAAAGUAACUUGAAAGGUUUAACUACCAAAUAUAGUACGAUACACUGAAAACCAACAAGAUUUUAGUCCACGGUCCUGUGCACAGUUUUGGGGGGAGUAAAUCCCACUGAACAAAGCCGGAUUAAUUCCUUAUACUGAAUUUGUGUACAUUUGCACUCUUAAAUUCUAGAUCAGUGGUUCUCAGCCUGUGGGUCCCCAGAUGUUUUGACCUUCAACUCCCAGAAAUCCUAACAGCUGGUAAACUGGAUGGAAUUUCUCGGAGUUGUAGGCCAAAACACAGGUUGAGAACCACUGUUCUAGAUGGAAGUACAAACUUGCAAAAUCAAUCCCCCAUUCCCUAUUUCACCUGUUAUCUCUGCUAUUAUGGAUAAGACUAUCAGAGAUCAUUUUUCUGGAAAGAGGCCAGUGCCGGAAAGAGAGAUGUCCUUUUUGUGAUUGUUCUCUCCUCCUGGAAGAAGGCUGAUCUACUGUUUCUUAUACCUGUUAAUCUAGAAUGCUGCAUGCAAGCAAUCUUUCUCACCUUAGUCUGUUAUUGAAAUUAAACACAGAAUGAAUUUUUUGAAAGGAAAGCACUAGUUAUUAUUUCCCGGUCUCUGUAAAAGUAUUGGACAGACUUCCUACAAACUAAAACUAGACAAGGCAAAACAUCUGAAAUAAGAUACUUUAGGUUAAAAUAGAUUUCCAAAUCUUGAUUGAAAAAAUAAUAUCCUGUUGGUUUAGGUAAAUACAUCACUGAUGUUUAUUUUUAAUGUCCAUUGAUUUGUUUAAAUUAAAGGGGUUUAUUUAAAUCACUGUAUGUCCCAGGCGAUUAGUUAAAAUGUAUAUAUCUAAAUAAGAUAUAAAUUAGUUUCCAUCACCAUCUACAUGAGAUCCAUUUGGAUUGUUAAGACUGGAAAAUGUUUUUCAACAAGAUUGAAUGUUUAUACUGCUUUCUGCACCACUGACUAUCCGGACAUUGUUUUUGAGUGAACUGUAGUAGCCGGUUAAUUAUUAGUGCCUGUCAUUUGAUAUUCUGCCUAAUGCAAAAUGAUUUUUAAAACAAAUGUUCUUAAACUGAUGGGUUUUAUAGUAAAGUUACUUUAUUUAUGAAGGCUUUAAUGCAAAGAUUUCUUUUUCAGAAGCAAAGUUGUGUUUGAAAUGAUGGUUUAUCACUGAUAAAUUUCAAGCUAGCCUAUUUUUAUGGGGAAGAGUGUCCUUUCUACCUAAUGUGCCAAUUCAUGUUUUUUUUUAAAUGGUAUAUAAAAUGCAGGUAUACAUAGUUGUGUUGAUUCAUAACAUCUUAUGAACUUCUUUGUUUGAGUAGAUAGGUAUGUUUAGGCAGUUACUGAAUAAUUCUGCAUCUUCUUGUGCUGUUCCAUUCUGUGACACUUCCAUUUUUCUUCACAACCUUUAGGGCACAAACCGUCUACCUUUGAAAACUCAUUUGGAUAUUUGAAUGAGUCCUGGGAUGUUUUUUGUAAAUAGUGUAGAGAACCAGAGUGAUUUUUUUAAAAUAAAGAAAAUAAUUAUAUUUAAGAUAAAUUUUCUGUAGCUAUAUAUUUUUUUCUUUAAAACCAGAGCGAAGACUAACAGGUUAUUUUUUGUAAAGUCAAGGGCUUAAGAGUUUAAGUCUAGGAAAAGUUGUUCAGUGUGUAAAAUGGUCUGCAGUUCUUACUUGUGUAUAUGCCUCCCCCGUAACUGUCAAAAGUUCUCCUUUGUAUAUGUUCGAUAAACAUGAAUGUUGGGGAGACUACAGUAUUUUGGGUCAUAAAAAUAUUUUUAUGCAUUCAGUGUUUCUUUGUGUACAUUUUUAAAUUAUUUUAUUAACCAACCUUGACCUAUGGGAUAGGGCAUAUUCACAAUUGAAAGAAAUACACCCGAGGCCAAAUUAUGCUACAAAUACCCAAACAUUUUCAUGCGUCAUUAGGCCGUCCCUAUUUUCUAUUCUCAUUGAAAAUAAAGCUGGCCAUCCAGUACAGUCCUGACAAGGUUUGCCACGUUUCUGAUUUUGAUAUGUUAAGAGUUUUAGCCUCUUACACUCAUUGUUUCACUAGUAAAUAUAUAUUAGCAUACCAGGGUUUCUUUCUCUUGCUGAUCUCUGUCAUGCCUGAGAUUCACGUUGUUGGUCUCCCCAGCCUUCAAGAUGCACUUCUGAGGAUAAGCGGGUAAGUGCAGAGGAUUGUUCCCCUCCCAGUUCUGCUGGCAGAAGCAAGUCCCAACGGUAAACCUUGGCUACUACUCAAGGAUUACCAGGGAAAGAGUACAAUUUUGGAUUGUGGGUUCAGAACCAUAGGCAAGCCAUUUACUACUUGGCUUGAGAAUUUUUGCAAUUGACCCUACAAAUGUCCCUUCAAUCUCUUUGCUAAGUGCUAUCCUCUGUCAUCGGCAGGUACCUCCCUCCAGGCCCCAGGUCCAACCACCUGAGCCUCAGAAGAUCUGGUGACCCAAAGUUAGACUGCAGCUUCUCAUGCUCUGCCAGAGGCACUUCUGGAGGGUCUUCUUACUGAAUGGAGGAGCUUGCAAGGGACAUGGGGUGGUCAUGAAUAAAAGAAGGACCUCGAGAGUGUUGAUGUACAUAGUGAACCUGUCCUUCAUAUCCUGGCCAUAACCUUUCCAUGAAUACUUUUCUUAAAUGGAGUUUACAGCUGCCAAAGAAAUAUGUAUAAAAUAAAACUAUCAAAGCCGGACAAAAAUUGUGUGUCAAACCUUAGGACUAAGGUUCUAAAAGGAAUCCUUGAAAUGCUAAUAUACUAGGACACGAAACAAUGGCUUCCAACUACAAGAGAGGAGAUUCCAUCUGAACAUGAGGAAGAACUUCCUGACUGUGAGAGCCGUUCAGCAGUGGAACUCUCUGCCCCGGAGUGUGGUGGAGGCUCCUUUGGAAGCUUUUAAACAGAGGCUGGAUGGCCAUCUGUCAGGGGUGAUUUGAAUGCAAUAUUCCUGCUUCUUGGCAGGGGGUUGGACUGGAUGGCCCAUGAGGUCUCUUCCAACUCUUUGAUUCUAUUCUAUUCUAAGUCAUUUUCUGUGUCGCCUGAAACCACUGCCAUUGGUUUCCAGGUUCACCUUCACUGAAACAGCUUGUCAGAUGAUGCUGUCUUGACAGUUAAAGCUCCAGGCUAUAGGUAGCUUAAAAUGGAACAAUUAAAUGGCAGCAGAUUUUUGUUAAGUAGCAUAAAUGUAGUAGGCUUUUAAAUUUAUGUUUGCCUACUGUAUCAAGGGGUGUGCAAAUGCAAUAAAAUUGUAGAAAUCAUUGAA